UAUUGUUUGUCGUUGCCGUGUGGUAAUGGAGGGAUGUGUCACAGUCAUCUGAAUGGAUUCACAUGCAUCUGUCAGCUUGGCUUUACUGGACAGUUGUGUACUAGAGAGAUUGACUAUUGUGUUUCGAGUCCUUGUUUUGGAAAUGUUACGUGCACUAACUUGAGGGGACAGUUUGAGUGUGGAGAUUGUCCGAAGGGUUUCUAUGGUGAUGGACUGACCUGCAGUGAGGCCGAUAAGCCACUUAUCAGUGCAAUCAACUCAACAGGAAACUAUGUCAUUGGAAAUGACAUUGUAGCAGAGCUUAGUUCUACAAUUCUAAUUGAUUGUAUUGCAACUGGUGAACCCGAGCCGACAAUACAGUGGACUAAAAGUGGCAGCCAAAUGAGUAACGGCGGUAGAAUCAACAUAUUUCGGAAUGGCACCUUGAAAAUUACACGCACAUCGUCUCGUGAUAGUGGGAAAUAUGCUUGCACAGCAACCAAUACGGGAGGCUCAGCUGACCGAACUUCAGCUGUUACAAUUGGUGUUAAACCAAUUAUUAUUCUACGUCGAGCACUUAAGCGCAAUCCAGCUUCGCCUGCUGUGUAUGAAUACAUUGGCCACCCUGUCUCUGUUUUAACUGGCAAGGCACUAAGAAUUAUCUGCAUUGCAACCGGAAGCCCUCGUCCUUCUAUCUCGUGGAAUAAGAAUGGGCAGGCUGUGGUGCCUGACAGAAGGAGAAUUCAGAUUUUACGAUCAGAUGGAUCAUUGGUAAUACGACUGAUUAGAGAGACGGAUGCGGGAGAAUACACUUGUUUAGCAUCCAAUCUUAUUGGAAGUCAUAGCAUCUCUUCAGUGGUGGAUGUUGUAGUGCCACCUGCAAUCACCAACAAACUUUCAGAGGAGCACACAACAGCCAUUUCAGCUGAUAAGACUUUAGUCAUUGGUUCUGCCGCAAGCCUUUCUCUUGGGCAAUCAUUUGCUCUGUAUUGUCCUGUCACUGGUAACCCUGCACCACAACUACAAUGGUAUAGAGGGGUGGAUGUGUCAAACAUGGUCGAGAUGGAGUGGAAUAGUACGGAGGUGAUGAUACUGAAUGCAAGUUUCCAGGAUGCAGGGAUCUAUCGUUGCUUGGCAACAAAUAGAUUUGGAAAAGUUUCAAAGGAUUCGCUUAUCACUAUAACAGAGCCUAUACGAAUUUCCCUUUCUCUGUAUCGUGUUGUUGUAUUCUCUGGUGAGUCAGCAGAAAUCACAUGUUCUGCUCGUGGACACCCUCCACCAACUCUGCGAUGGACCAGUGAACCAACUGAAACUGUGCUCACUCCAUCAAACACGCUGAACAUCACGUCUACACCAGAAGGCCUCAUAUUACGUUUAGAAGACCUUCGUCCUUCAGACAGCCAGAGUCUCAGCUGUGUAACUAGUGAUAACGAUGGAAAGACAAUCAAGCAAACUGUGAGAAUUACAGUCAAUGAUGCGUUUGGUCCCACCAUCAAUGCAGAAACUUCAACAGGCAAUUUUGUUGUUGGAAAUGAUCUCAUAGCUGUGCCUGGCUUUACAGUCCUAAUUGAUUGUGUUGCAAAAGGCCAACCAAACCCAACAACACAGUGGACAAAAAAUGGCAACCCGCUGAGUAGCAGCAGUAGAAUCACUGUGUUUCAAAAUGGAACGUUGAAGAUCAUGUCCACGUCUCUAGCUGACAGUGGCAAAUAUGUUUGUGUAGCUACCAAUGUAGGAGGCUCAACUGAACAAAGUUCAGCUCUUACUAUCGGGGUCAAACCAAAGAUAACAUUACGUCUACCACUUAAUCGAGAUCCAACUUUGGCUGUUGUGUAUGAGUACGUUGGCCACUCAGUUGAUAUCCUCCUCAGCAAAACAAUGAGGGUCAUCUGUGUUGCGACGGGAAAUCCUCAGGCAUCUAUUGUGUGGAAUAAGGAUGGAAGGAGUGUACUGACUGACAGGAGAAGGAUUCAGAUUUUGAGAGACGGUUCAUUGGUUAUUCGAUCUGUUACGAAGAUGGACACUGGUGUAUAUACGUGUAUUGCUGCAAACAUUAUCGGGAGUGACGAGAUGUCGUCUGCAGUCAAUGUGUUAGUUCCACCAACAAUUGACAGCAAGCUUCCUGAUGAAAUUGAAGGCUUUACACCUGAUCAGAUACUUCCAGUUGGUCGUAACAAGAAACUUCGUGUUGGGCUGUCAGUUGUUAUUGUUUGUGUCGGCUCUGGCAACCCUAAACCAGAACAAAUAUGGUAUAAAGGGCUACAAGCAGAAAACAUGACACGUAUGGAUUUCAAUGGUACACAGUUAGUGUUGGCAAAUGUCGACUUGAGCAGAGCUGGGAUGUACAAAUGUGUAGUUACUAAUAGAGUUGGUGAGGCAGAGAGGACGUCUGUGAUCACUGUAACAGAGCCUAUGAGACUCACUAUCAUUCCUCAACGGCAACUAGUAAUCUUCUCCGGUCAAACAGCACAGUUUACAUGUUCUGCUGUUGGUUACCCAAUUCCAACUGUUCAGUGGACUACAGAGCCAGCUGAGACGCCUGUCAUGACGUCAAGCAAACUGAGACUCAAGAAUACAAAGAAAGGAUUGCUACUAACACUGAAAAAUACUCUUACAACAGACAGCGGGCAGUUUAGCUGCGUAGCUCGUGAUGAUGAUGGAAGAACGAUCAAGAAAACAGUGGCUCUUGCAGUAUAUGACAGGAAUUGUUCAGCAGAUGCCUAUUUCUGGAACAGAACUUAUGAAACAGGAAUGCAAUAUGCAGUCACCAUUUUUCUCAUCAAGUCGUCAAAGGUGAUCACCGAGACGAUGAAAGCAUGGCUGCCAAGCACUGCCGAACGCAUUGAGGAAGAAUACGUGAAACGAGGCAUCGGAAUCAACAAACCCAAUCAAUACGCAGUCAUCAGUUUCGGUUUCACUGCUAAAGUACCAAUGCAGAUUGUAAAGGUAGAAAAUCGGAAAUUGUAUGAAAUUAGCAGCGUGACCCAAGCGAUUGAGUCUUUGGAAGAGAGACAGACAGAUAAGCCUGAUGGAUUCCAUGGAAUUCUCAGAGCUGUGAAAGACCUUCCAUUACCAAAGACUCGUGAGUAUAUUACCAGUCUGUUAUUGGUGACUGAUGAGCCACGCAUUAUUACAUACGCUGGAAGAAAAAUAACAAAAAAUCGAACCAACAGAGUCCUUGGGAAUCGGCUAGUCGUGUUUUCUUCCCUCCUGAAACUGGAAUAUCAUUUUACUGUUGAUGUUCGAAAGUCAAAGGAACAGGUUUUCCUCGGUUAUGACGCUCUCCUCAUUGAUUAUGCAGGAAUGGCUUCUGUAGCCGUGAAGGACGGUAAAUAUUUGAAAAAGAAUUACAAAUACUAUCAGCCGAGAGUUCAUGUUCAUCGAGAAAAGUGUGAAAUGUUUGCCGACUACGGAGAGCUGGCAUUGAAACAUCACGGAUUUGUUGGCGAUUUUUCAGCAGCAACAAAAAACAAUGGGAUAGAUGAGUCGUUGAGGGAAGCCGUUGCCAUGACAAUGGCUAAUAGUGUGUAUACAUUCAAUGUGUGUGAAAGAUGUCGAUGUGAGGACGAAGAAUCAGGCAGUGAAGAACCAAGCUGCAUUCAACCACAUGACCGAUAUUGGUGUUGGUGUAGAUUUCGACAAGAAAAGGGUGAUUGUCACAUGAUUGGCCAAGCUGACAUGAAAAGUGACAUGGAAAUCAAGUUCAACUCAACAUCCAUGCUGUCACCACAAUGCCUGGAGUGGGUAACUCCAAUGGACAAACCGUCGACAUAAAAUAGCAAAAACUUUAUGAUCAGAAUUGUUCACAACUUGUAGCUGAUGAGAGAGCUGCUGUGACUUCUGAUCUGUAGACGUUUGACUCAAAAGUUAAUGAUACUGUAAAGUUUCUCUUGCUGCAUGUAUGGAUGGAUGGAUACUGAUAUUUUGACGAGUAGAGAUGUUUCUAGAUAGGUGUUUCAACUUUCUAGAUUGUCAAUCGG